CUUAUAUUUACAUGGUUAUAGUAAAGGAGGUUUUUCUUUCACAAAGGAAUAGCCUUUAAUUGAUCCCCAAUUGUGCUACAAAAUACAAUCUUCUAAGACGUAGCGAUGAACUUGCUUGGUGGACUUCUCUCCUUUCGUUUCAUCAAGGAUGACUCGGAGUAUAAAUCAGGAUUUGCAGCAAUUAUGGUGUUGCUUGCAGUUUCUUCAUUCACCGGAGUUAGAGGCAAACAUGGCCAGUGCCCAGACUGCACGGGGGGACAAUAUAUCAAAGUCAUUGAUCCAGCAACUGGCAAGUGUGAAUCAUGCUGGCCUUGUACUGUGUGUCAGGAGGGCACAGGCUCUUCAGUACGAUGCGGAUCAGUUGUACCUAGAGGCAUAGAUAUACACUGUGUUCCUUGUGUUAAAGGCAUAAACUUUUCUAGCAGCUCCAGUACUGAACAGUGCCAGCCUUGUGGGGUUUGUUCACGGAAGCAUGAGCGUGUCUCGGCUGAAUGUACCCUAUUCAGUAAUUUGAAAUGUAAAUGUGAGACUGGAUUUUAUCGCAACAAAACCACUACUGAAUGUCAAACUUGUGAUACCUGUUGCUCCAGUGAUGAAGACAAUGAUAUUGUUGAAAAAUGUCAAAAAGAUGCAGAAAACAAAGAAGAUGAACAGCUCCUAGUGUCCAGCUCCUUCACAGUCAUUUCAACAUCUUCAUCUGCUGUAAAAUCCUCUACAUUCCAUGUAGCUCCAACUCCUUCACUUUCAAGCUCAACCAAAAUCAUGCCAGUUCCAUCAAAACCCAAGCUGAUCCAUCCGACUACAGAAAGUGUUUUAUCAGUCUAUGAAAGGCAUAGUGUGCCAUCUGCUGAACUUAAGAUUGAUGUGAACCUUAAACAUGUUGAAAUUAUGAAGUGGAUCAAAGGACUGACAUGCUCUGUGGGUGUUUUAGCUCUCAUUUGUGUAUCAGAUUACUUUCUGAACCCAAAGCUGAAAAAGUUCAGGGAAAGGGGACAGAUUAAUCAUCCAAGUCAGCAAUCUUAUAGAUUUUCUACCCUUAACCAGCAUGACCAAGAAAAUCCUAUAUUACUUAAAGGAGCAGGUACUUCAUCCAGAAGGUCUGACACUGAUGGGCCAAUUAGAAGUACAGAUGCAAUCAAUUGUACAGAGGAUAAUGAGGACGAUGAAGUCAUGAUGAUAUGUAACCAGUAUGUGCAGAAAACUGAGAUGGAAAAUUUCCAGAGAGGAAUUCCAAUAUCAACAGGUGGCAAACCUAGAAGUUCCAUCCCUGAAGUUCCAGCACCAACAUUUGAGAAAACUGAUGUGCAUAAAUGUCCUGAUCAGGAUUAUUUAAAACAAGGCACAGGGUCAAAUCUUUUCCCAGCUGUUUCAAAGUCAGUGCAAAACCAUAUGGAGGGCAUCCCACCAACUUCUCCACAUUCUGUUGAUACUGGAUUGCAACAACUGAGCAGAUCUGAGGGAAAUGACAACAAUCAUGAUUUGAUAAUUUUUUCUGGUACUCCAUCUUUCCCUGAAGAGACAACCUGCGAUUCCUCUUUGCAUUUGGAACAUAACACGCCAUUUGUGAAUUGCAUAGUGCAUAUGCAUCAUCCUACAAUUUACCAGGCAUGUACCAGUUCAUUUUCUCCCCAAUCAUGGCCUCCCUCCCUUGCAGAAAUUGUAAAGAAUAAUUCCUUAUCUCCUGGAUUGGAUCAGCCAGUGAGAGUAGCAGUCAGCUGGUCAGAAUUAUCUCAGAAUGAAAGAUACAGCACCAGGAUUUUGGAAAUGCCAUUUAAGCUUCUCUAUGAUAUGUGCUUGUCCCUUGACAUACCACGAACUGAUGGCAAAGAUAUUAGAAUGCUAGCAGACAAGCUUGGAAUUACAGGCCGCAACUUUGAUCGUCUUAAACAAGCUGCCAUUACAGAUAAUUCUAAUAAUCCCAUUUCAUAUGUUCUCCUGAAAGAAAGUUUUGAUGCAGUAAAUGGUACUGUGGGGGAUUUUGUUGACAUAAUGAAUGAAAUAGGAAGGAGGGACAUAGUUGAUGACAUAAAUGAUUGGCCUGGCUGAUGACAACUUACUUAGUAGGGGCAGAUAAUUAGAACAGGGGUUUGGAGGAAGGGGGCGAGAAAAUUAAUUUUCAUGUAAGUCAUUUAUUCCCCUUCCUGUUGUACAGGAUUAUAAUUUGCAUUUAUCAUGGAACUUAAGGUUAAUUAAUUAAGAAAAUCAGUGUUUGGAGAAGUGUAUGAUGAGUAGGCCUAGAUACAAAAAUCCCCAAAAAUUGUCUGAAAAAUAUUUUGUACAUUCUCCAAAAAAAUUCUAUAAAUCUCAAUCUUAUCUCUAAAAAUCUCAAUUUACCUCAGAUGAUUUGCAUAAGAGGUGAGAUUCCUUUGCCGAAAUUGCAUGGAGGCACUUUAAAAGAUUCAAAAUGAUCAGGUAAUUAGUAGAAAAUUUAAGUGGUUCGUCUCCUUACAGAUUAGUUUCUCAAAUAAGCGAUAACGACAAAUAAAACAGUAGGCAGAGUAAGUUCUGUUAACCACGUUUAUUUGAUUUUAUACCAUCAGCGGUAUUUUUCUAGACAUUAGUGCUAAAUAUCCUUAAAUGUUCUACAAAUCCUCAAAUUGUCAUAAACUUCCAUUUGACUCUAAAAAUCCUUAAAAAAAUUCCUGAUUUUUGUACUUAGCCCUGGUGAUGAGAAAACAAGAGAAAAAAAUUUGUGCUGAUCCCAAAAUUUCUCACCCUCACCCCUCUUGUCACUUUUCUAAUUGCAGGUCUUCACGUUUUUCAUUCCUGCUUGACCCGCUAGGAAAUAUUUCUUUAAACUUUUUUUUUCAAAGCUUCUAACCAUGAAGUUUUAUGUAGCCCAGUAAGAAUCAUUUUAUUUUGGAAAAGUGUCUUUAACUUGAAAUGCUGGCAAUCUAAAAUCCUUGCAUGAUUUAUUUUAUUUAUUUAUUUGAAUAUAUAUUUAAAAUCUUGACUAGUUUUGACAUUUAAAUUCUCCCAUCAUAAGCCCAAACUCCAGUAUCUCUUCGUAGCAGCUUCUGAAGUUGCAAAAACUAAUGAGUUAGUGCAAGUUUUCUUUUAGGUUUAGGUUUAGAAAUAGGUUUAUUUUAAUCACUCUGCUUUACUUAAAUAAAAUAUGGUGGGGUUUUUCUUUCAAAGUUAUUACUUUCCAGGACAAUUUACUUAAGGUGAUUACUUAGACGAAAAAGCUAUAGAGCAAUUGUUUUUUCUUUCCUUAAAUGUUCACUAUCAAUGUCUGUUUUGAAAACAAAAUGAAAAAAGAUAGGUCACUAUGCUUGAAUCAUAGUACAGUGCGUCAAAAAAAUACAGACUUAAAGGUUUCUUUAAAAAAAAUAAGGAACAAUUUUUUUUCAACUUUCCUUAAAAUGUUU